AUGAUUUUGAUCUACUUCCUCAAUGUGGUGGUUAUAUCUGUUGCAUUGUUUUCCUCCAGUGUUACCGGCUCGUCGCCAUACCGACUCAGUCCUGCUCAAAUACUGGGCCACCAGAUAGAUGAAUCUAUUGGGCCGAUAUACUUGUACAGCUUACUUGGAGUCGUCGGUGUGGCUUUUGUCUACGUCACGGCCAACAGGACCAAUGCCCAUCUCCGAAGGCUUGCAUCAAUGACCGACAAUAAAGGAGCCCUUCGAUAUUUCUCCAUGAGCUCGCCGUAUAUGCGCUGGACGAAGACCAACAUCCUCUAUGCGCCUCUUCUCAACUACCGCCGAGCCAGAGAGCUCAAAUUUUCCAAGCACAUUAGGCUUGGUACUCUACCGACCCGACUACAGGCCGCCUUUCUCUUCCUUAUCGUUGCUACCAAUAUUUUCGCCUGCACCUGGAACAUACCAUGGGCUGGGCCUGAGAAGGACACCUUAGCUAUCCUCCGGGAUCGCUCGGGUACUCUGGCCGUUGCAAAUAUGGUUCCUAUCAUGUUACUUGCGACGGCAAAAAACCCGCUAAUCUGGCUCCUGGAUAUAUCAUAUGAUACUUUCAACCUUAUGCAUCGCUGGUUUGGUCGACUGUCUGCCCUGCAAGCCAUUCUUCACGCUUUGUGUUGGCUGGUUGGCAAGGUUCGUUCACAAGGGUGGGAUGGAGUCCGGAGCUCGGUGCCAAAUCCUUUUAUCUACAAUGGCUUGAUCGCUGCUGUUGCCAUGACGAUUCUUCUCAUCCUGAGCCCCAAGAUAUUCAGGAGCCUUGCAUAUGAAUUUUUCCUUCACGCCCACUUUGCGCUGGUGCUCCUGACCAUGAUCUUCCUGUGGCUACAUUUGGAUGGACAUUGGCAACUGCACAUGCUUAUGACGGCAAUCUGCCUCUGGGCCAUCGCAAGGGGUUGGAGGCUUGUCACGCUAUUAUGGCGAAGCGCUGGUCGAGGUGGAUGCAAGGCCAGGAUCGAAUCAUUGCAAGGGGGCGCUGUGAAGAUCUCGCUCAAGGUUGCACGCCCAUGGACCUACAGACCAGGACAGUCACUCUACUUGACCAUUCCAUCGGUUGGUCUAUGGACGGCUCAUCCCUUUUCAGUUGCAUGGAGUGGUGUUGAACAAGCACUGGACAGGUCGGCCUCCGUUAGAAUACAAUCCUCUGAAAAGACUUCGGCGACACUCAAUCGCGACGUCGAAGCUGAAAUUCCUGGGGAUCAAACCAUUUCACUUAUAGUGAAAUCACACUCGGGUCUUACGCGGAGGCUCUUUGACCACGCAGUCAAGCCUGACGCAACGCUCACUGUCAAUGCGUUCGUGGAGGGACCUUAUGGGACACAACGAUCCCUGGCCAGUUAUGGCACGGUUGUCCUUUUUGCCAGUGGCGUUGGCAUUACACAUCAGAUUGGUUAUGUUAAACAGCUUGUCGAAAACCACUGUCAAGGAACGGCGGCGGCGAAGAGAGUUACGCUUGUGUGGGUUGUUCCGACCACAGAUUGCAUCGACUGGAUUCGACCUUGGAUGCACGAAAUUCUCGGCGUGGAAGGCAGACGUGACAUUUUGCGGAUCCUGGCUUAUGUGACUCAAGCCGGCCUCAGUCAAUCUAUCACAAGCCCAAGUGAGACAGUCCGCAUGUCACGAGGCAGACCCAAUGUCGAGGAUUUGGUGCGCAGUGAGGCACUCACAAAGGUAGGCUGUAUGGGGAUUAGUGUCUGUGCUGGGGGUGGGUUGGCAGACGAAGUACGACGAGUUUCACGGUUGAUGCUUAACGAAGGCUUCAAUCUGGACUUUAUGGAGGAAGGGUUUGGAUGGUAA